UCCUGCCUGUGUCGUCAGUUGCAGCAGUGACAAGUUUGGUUCCUCAGAGAGCUUCACUUGUUGUCAUGAUACCACUGUUUUUCAAGGAUAGCGGCAAGGGUUUGAGGAUGACGAGCUGUGUGGCCUCCCUUGCUUUGGUGAUUCUGUUCACCACUCAAGAUGUGUUUGGUGAACAUUGGAAGGUUGCCUACAAACCUGAGAGUGCCUGUGUUUUUGUGGGGUCUCCAGUGAACAUGUCCUGCUCUUUCACCCACCCCAGUAGUGUGACCAUUAAGCAGAUUUACUGGACAAAAGAAAAGUACCAGGACCCUCCUGAUCUAACAGGAGACCCAAACUACAGAGACCGAGUAAUUGUACACAGGCAACAAGGAACUAAAAUAUGCAAUUUGCAAAUAAAACCAGUAAAUAUGUUAGAUAGUGAUAGCAGAUAUUACUGCAGUUCAAUAUUCAAUGAGAGCCAGAAGUGGACUGGAGAUCCAGGGGUCCAUCUGCAAGUUAAAGAAGCUCCAGAGAAACCUCCAGUGUCCAUCAGUCCCCGUGGUGACAUACUUGAAGGAAUAGACGUGACUCUGACCUGUAGCAGCAGGUCUGAUCUACAAGUGUGGAGCUACAGCUGGUUUAAGAGAAAUCCAGUGCAGUUUCUGGGUACAGGACAUACAUACACCUUCAAACAGAUCAGACCUGAAGACAGUGGAGAAUAUACCUGCAAGUCAUCCUAUGAAUGUGGUGACAGGUACUCAACUAUGGUAUACCUCCAUGUUUUCUAUCCUCCAAAAAACACAACCAUGUUAGCAGAUCAGCCCUUUGUAAUCGCCAAAGGCAACAGGAUGACUCUGACCUGCAGCAGUGUUGCCAAUCCACCAGUAGAGAGCUACACCUGGUUUAAGAUGGAUGAGUCCACUCCAGUAGGAUCAGGACAGCAAUACAGCAUCACUAACAUCCGUUCUGAGGAUGGAGGACAAUACUACUGUGUGGCCAGAAAUAAAUAUGGAGCUGAAAACUCUACUGCUGUGUCCAUCACAGUUGAAGGUAUGGGUGCAUCUCCUGGGCUAAGAGACCGGAGCUCUGCACUUCCUGCUGUGGUUGCAGUCUUCAUCUGUGGACAUGUGGCUCUGGUCUGUGUGGUGGUCUGGGUGAGGAUAAUGAAAAGGAGGCAGAAGCCAGAGGAUCAGGACCUUCAGUACUCCAGCGUUAAUGUCCAGAACAGACGAGGAGCAGAAGAUGAUGGUCACUACUCCACCGUCCAGCCCCACGGCUCCAGACAGACUGCAGGAGCUCAGGGGGACGACGUCCAGUAUGCCAGUGUCCAGUUUAAGAAGGCCAUGGCUGCAGAUAGGACCCCUGUUCAGCCAGAGGGGGAGCCCUCUCCCAUCUACAGCUGUGUGCAGGGCAGUCAGGAUCCCUCUGUGGUCUACAGUGGUGUUCAGCCCAGCAAUGGAGGGACACCACACUGACAUCAAUGGAAUGAGCACUAUGGGGAUGGGAACAACUCUAUGACAUUUGAGAUUAAGGGUUCAAUAUGAAGAAAAUAAGCAUUUGAUGUUUUGUGUGUGUUUAUGGAUGCAUGUUUUCUGUUU